CAGGCUGCGUGCAAAUUAUGUGAUCACAUAGAACACGCCUUACAUAGGAUGUAAGGCCCUGGGAUGACUAAGCAUCUUGCCUGGCUACUGGGCAGCGCAAGGGCGGUCAUGUAGCUGGGGGAGUGGCUAGGAAUUCUAAUAGCUGGGGGAAGAGGAAGGGUGGAGCCAAGGAGUCCUGAGAAGAUGCAGACAAAGAGACGAACUUGUUGUAUUGAGAUAAGCACUGUCGGGAAGGAAACCUAGGUCAUUGCCCAUGUGAGGAGCUUCACUAAGGUACUUGCACCUUGAACUCCUGCCUGGUAACUCAGCUGAUGGAGGAGGAGACCUCCAUGCCAGUCCAGCUCAGCACCAUGGGCUCACCGUGGGCGUCAGGGUGGCAGGCUGACUUCAUGGCAAGUUUGCUGUUGGUGCUUCUGCGGCACGUGCUCAUGGCAGGUGGGCUGCAAGUGGAGAUGGCAGGGACGACACAGAUGGUAUUCCUACAUGACAAUGUCACCAUAGCCUGCAAAAUUCCUGGUUCCCCACGACUUGACAUCAAGACUGUGGGAAUCAUCUGGUUUGGGAAGAAUGAGUUGGAUGACUCUGAGGUCAAGGUGUUUGAGUUUUAUGGAAAUCAUCUAGAGUCAUUCCGACCUGGAGCCAUGGUAUCACUGUCGGGGCUGGAGUCAGGAGAUGCCUCACUCCAUCUACCUAAGGUCCAGCUGGGGGAAGCAGGAGAAUACCGAUGCAUGCUAGUGGUCACCCCUGAAAAGGCAGAGGGAAAGACCAUUCUAGAAGUUGUGGCUAACCCAACCAUUAGAUUAUUUGUGAAACCAGCUUCAGUGAGAAAUGAUGAAGAGAAACAUAUUAUAUGUGAGCUAUAUGGAUUCUACCCAGAAGCCGUUAGCAUAAAGUGGGGGAAGUACACCCUGAAGGAUUCCCAGUUCCAAGAAAUUACUGAGGGCAAUAUCACUCAUCCCACGGUGAAGAAUGAUGAUGGCACGUUCAGUGUUACCAGUUGCUUGACUCUGAAGCCAUCUCUGGAAGACCAUGGGACUACCUACCAGUGUGUGGUGUUGCACAGAUCCUUGCUUGUCCCCCGAAGGCACAAUGUCACUCUGUCUGAGAAAGGAGCCAAGGAUGUGCACUUUGCCUUUUUGGCCUUCUCUCUUCUACUGCUUCCCGCAGCUUAUGUUCUUUGGAGAUGGUACCUGUAACACGAAUCUUAAAAGGCCUUAUUAAUUAAAUCAAACCC